AUCAUUCCACGACUUUUCUUGUAUUCUUAGCUUCAAAAUCAUCAAAAGUUUCGUUUUUGAAUUGCUGCAGUCAAAAUGAAAAUAAUUCCAAUUGUAUCGUUGAUACUUUGGAAUACUGUACAUGGAGCUCAGCUACUUCCUGAUCUUGGCACAGAUGAUAUUGGAAAGAAUAACGAAUACUUGUUCCAUCGCAUUCCACGAGCUACCGAUAAAGAGUUCAAAUCCUCACUUAUUCAAAUGCAAAUGAUAAGCUAUACAUUUUCGGCCGGAAACUUUCUGUUCUAAGAUUUUUUUUUUGGAUGAAUCCUAGCUGUUUUGUAUGUUAUACGGAA